CAACCACAAGAAAAUUCAGAGACAGAGAGACAGAGACAGAGAACAAGUUUCUUUUUAAUUUCUGGGGUUGUUAAGCUCUUUUUUCUGUUCUGCUAACCAAGAAAGGGACUGAGUUUGGUAUAGGUUAAGAUCAAAAGAAGGAGGUAAGUGACAAUGGAGGGUAAUAAUUUAACGAGGAACAUAAGUAAGAGCUUUAGCAGGUCGAGUUGGAGAAUGGAAGAGGUGUUUGCGAGUGGCCGGUAUUCUCGCCGGAGCACUCGGAUCGACGAAGACGAAGAGGCUCUCAAGUGGGCCGCCAUAGAGAAACUUCCCACCUACGACAGGCUAAGAACAAGCAUCUUCCAAACUUAUGGCGACCAAGAUCAAGGUGGUGGUCAGGUGACACACAAGGAAGUCGAUGUUCGAAAGCUCGACAUGAACGAGAGACAACAAAUCAUCGACAGAAUCUUCAGAGUCGCCGAGGAAGACAACGAGAAGUACCUCCGAAAGUUCAGAAACAGAAUUGAGAAGGUGGGAAUCAGACUUCCAACGGUGGAAGUGAGGUUUCAGAAUCUGACAGUGGAGGCUGAUUCAUACGUUGGAAGCAGGGCUCUUCCAACGUUGCCAAAUGUCGCAAUGAAUCUUCUUGAGUCUGCUCUUGGCGUGUGUGGGGUUAGUACAGCUAAGAGGACAAAGCUGACCAUUCUUAAAAACGCCUCUGGUAUUAUUAAACCUUCAAGGAUGGCCCUUUUGUUAGGUCCCCCAUCUUCCGGGAAAACGACUCUCUUGUUGGCUUUAGCUGGAAAAUUGGACCCGAACUUGAAGGUGAAAGGAGAAAUUACUUACAAUGGCUACAAGCUUAAUGAGUUUGUCCCCAGAAAGACAUCGGCUUACAUUAGUCAAAAUGAUGUUCAUGUUGGAGAAAUGACUGUGAAAGAAACCUUGGAUUUUUCUGCCAGAUGUCAAGGAGUUGGGACUAGAUACGACCUUUUGACUGAGCUUGCUAGAAGAGAAAAAGAAGCUGGCAUAUUACCUGAGGCUGAACUUGACCUUUUCAUGAAGGCUACUGCAAUGGAAGGAACAGAAAGCAGUCUCAUCACUGAUUAUACUCUUAAGAUAUUAGGGUUGGACAUAUGUAAAGACACCAUUGUGGGUGAUGAAAUGCAUCGAGGUGUCUCAGGAGGCCAAAAGAAACGUGUAACGACAGGGGAGAUGAUUGUGGGACCGACAAAGACACUGUUCAUGGAUGAGAUAUCGACGGGUCUUGAUAGUUCAACGACAUAUCAAAUAGUGAAGUGUUUGCAGCAGAUUGUACACCUCACUGAAGCAACCAUCUUCAUGUCCCUCCUCCAACCUGCUCCUGAGACGUUCGAUCUCUUUGAUGACAUCAUUCUCAUAUCCGAGGGUCAGAUUGUCUACCAGGGCCCACGAGAACACAUCCUUGAGUUCUUUCAGUCAAUGGGAUUCCGCUGUCCUGAAAGAAAAGGAACCGCUGAUUUCUUACAAGAGGUGACCUCAAGGAAAGACCAAGAACAAUAUUGGGCAGACAGAAGCAAGCCGUACAGAUAUGUGACGGUGCCCGAGUUUGCAAACCGAUUCAAGAGUUUCCACGUGGGAAUGAGGCUUGAGAAUGAGCUCUCAGUCCCAUUUGACAGGUCCAGGGGACACAAAGCUGCUCUUGUUUUCAAGAGAUACUCAGUGCCCAAAAUGGAGCUUUUAAAAGCAUGCUUUGACAAGGAAUGGUUACUGAUCAAGAGGAACUCUUUUGUCUACAUAUUUAAGACAGUCCAGAUUAGUCUUAUUGCCAUAAUUGCUGCUACUGUCUUCUUGAGGACCAAGAUGCACCAGAACACUAUAGAUGAUGGGGCACUUUAUGUUGGGGCAAUUCUGUUCUCCAUGAUCAUGAACAUGUUCAAUGGUUUUGCUGAGUUAUCCCUCACAAUUGCGAGGCUUCCUGUGUUUUACAAGCAUAGAGACCUUUUGUUCCAUCCCGCUUGGACUUACACACUCCCCAAUUUCCUUCUUCGUAUUCCAAUUUCCAUAUUUGAGUCUGUUGUGUGGAUGGUUGUCACCUACUACACAAUAGGAUUUGCACCUGAAGCUAGCAGGUUCUUCAAACAGCUGUUGUUGGUCUUUCUGAUUCAGCAAAUGGCAGCUGGGAUGUUUAGGUUCAUUUCUGGAGUUUGCAGGACGAUGAUUAUUGCCAACACUGGAGGAUCCCUCAUGCUCCUUCUUGUUUUCCUACUCGGAGGUUUCAUCCUACCAAAACGUGACAUUCCAAAUUGGUGGGUAUGGGGCUACUGGGUUUCACCACUGUCUUAUUCCUUCAACGGCCUUGCUGUGAAUGAAAUGCUUGCACCAAGGUGGAUGAACAAAAGGGCUCCAGAUGGACGUCAAUUGGGUCUAGCUGUGUUGGAGACCUUCGAUGUUUUCCCUGAGAAAAAGUGGUAUUGGAUAGCUGCAGGAGCGCUCGUGGGCUUCACAAUUCUUUACAACGUUCUAUUUACCUUUGCACUUAUGUACCUUAAUCCAAUUGGAGGGAAGCAAGCGAUUAUAACUGAAGAAUCAGCAAGUGAAAUGGAAGGUUUAGGAGAUUCAAGAGACGAACCUAGACUCAGAAGGCCUAUGUCAACUAGAGAUGGAAACAACACAAGAGAGGUGGCAAUGCAGAGAAUGGGCAGCAGAACAAACCCUACUCAAAUGAGACAUGUUAAUUCAAACACAGAGUCAGCCAAUGGAGUUGCUCCUAAGAAAGGAAUGGUUUUACCAUUUCAACCACUCGCAAUGUCGUUUGAUAGUGUCAAUUACUUUGUGGACAUGCCCCCUGAAAUGAAAGAUCAAGGUGUGACAGAAAAUAGGUUACAACUUCUUAAGGAAGUAACUGGUGCCUUCAGACCUGGUGUUCUAACUGCACUUAUGGGAGUCAGUGGAGCUGGUAAGACAACUUUAAUGGAUGUUUUAGCAGGAAGAAAGACUGGUGGCUACAUUGAAGGCGAUAUUAGAAUUUCUGGAUUCCCAAAGAAGCAAGAAACCUUUGCAAGAAUUUCAGGAUACUGUGAACAAACGGAUAUUCAUUCACCACAAGUUACAAUCAAGGAAUCUUUGAUUUACUCUGCCUUCCUUCGGUUACCUAAAGAAGUCAGCAAAGCAGAAAAGAUGCAAUUUGUGGAUCAAGUAAUGGAAUUGGUGGAGCUAGAUAAUCUUAAGGAUGCCAUAGUAGGACUUCCAGGAGUGACAGGGUUAUCAACGGAACAAAGAAAGAGAUUGACAAUUGCCGUUGAGCUUGUGGCUAAUCCUUCAAUCAUUUUCAUGGAUGAACCCACUUCAGGUCUAGAUGCUAGAGCAGCCGCUAUUGUCAUGAGGACUGUGAGAAACACUGUUGACACAGGAAGAACAGUUGUCUGCACAAUUCACCAACCCAGCAUUGACAUUUUUGAAGCCUUCGAUGAGCUUCUAUUGAUGAAAAGAGGAGGGCAAGUGAUUUACGCAGGGCCACUGGGUCGGAAUUCUCACAAGAUUGUAGAAUUCUUUGAGGAUAUUCCAGGAGUCCCAAAAAUUAAGGAUAAGUACAACCCAGCGACAUGGAUGCUUGAAGUGAGCUCCAUAGCAGCUGAAGUUCGUCUUGGAAUUGACUUUGCUGAACACUACAAAUCAUCAUCUCUGUUCCAGAGAAACAAAGCUCUGGUAAAGGAAUUAAGUACACCUCCACCUGGUGCAAAAGAUCUGUAUUUCCCAACUCAAUACUCUCAGUCCACAUGGGGACAGUUUAAAUCUUGUCUAUGGAAGCAGUGGUGGACUUACUGGAGGAGUCCAGAUUAUAACCUUGUCCGGUUUUUCUUCACCUUAGCUGCUGGUCUAAUGGUGGGGACAAUAUUUUGGAAAAUUGGAGAGAAAAGAGAUAACUCAACAGACCUGACCAUGAUCAUAGGAGCAAUGUACUCUUCUGUUCUGUUCAUUGAUAACAAUUGCUCAACUGUCCAACCUAUUGUGGCCAUUGAAAGAACAGUUUUCUAUAGAGAAAGGGCUGCUGGAAUGUACUCAGCAUUGCCUUAUGCCAUUGCACAGGUUGUCACAGAGAUUCCUUAUGUCCUCUUUCAAGCUGUGUAUUACUCAUUGUUGGUGUAUGCUAUGGUGAGCUUCCAAUGGGCAGCGGACAAGUUCUUUUGGUUUUUGUUUGUCUGUUUCUUUUCCUUCCUAUAUUUCACGUACUAUGGGAUGAUGACUGUGUCCAUCACGCCAAACCACCAAGUGGCUGCAAUUUUUGCAGCAGCAUUUUAUGGACUUUUCAACAUCUUUUCUGGCUUCUUCAUCCCCAGACCCAAAAUUCCAAAGUGGUGGGUCUGGUAUUACUGGAUUUGCCCAGUUGCCUGGACAGUAUAUGGAUUGAUUGUCUCACAAUAUAGAGAUGUAAUCACGGCGAUUUCUGCACCUGGGUAUGGAGACAAUGGUGCUCCAGGUCCAGUCGCCAUCAACCAGUACAUUCAAGACCAUUUCGGCUAUAAAACAGACUUCAUGGGGCCAGUUGCAGGAGUUUUGAUUGCUUUCACUGUGUUCUUUGCCUUCAUGUUUGCCUACUGCAUUAAGACACUAAACUUCCAGAUGAGAUAAGUCUAUAUAGAGCCAUUGGUGAGGAACUUCUGUUCUGCUCCACAAAAUAUCUCCUGCAAGCCUUAAAUGACUUUUGUAUGUAUAUAAUUACAGAUAGCAAAACAGUAGAUGAUGGCGAUAAUUUCAUCUCUGCAAGUUUUGAGGUCUGCUUAAUCAGUAAUUGUAAAGUAAAUUAUCAUGUUUUGGUCACAUCAUUGUUGAAUCCUUUGUCCCAUAGGAGGAAUUUAGUUUAUACAUAUAUAUGAGGUCAAAUUCUUGUAACAAUAGUACUUGUUUCGAAAUGAUAUUGAAUUACUUACGCCUUCCCAA